UGCGGGUCGAGCCCAGCCCCGCCCGGCCGCGGUCGGACUGUCGGACCCGGACGGGUGCGCAGAUCGCCGCCGAGACAGCGAGCGGUUGGGUGAGCUGGGACCAGGCCAUGGAGAGCCGAAUCCAGCGAGUUCGCGACGCGUUCGCGUCCGGCCGGUCGCGCCCGCUGAGGUUCCGGCUACAGCAGCUCGAGGCCCUGCGCAGGAUGGUGCAGGAGCGCGAGAAGGACAUCCUACAGGCCAUCGGCGCCGAUCUGUGCAAGAGUGAAUUCAACGCAUACAGUCAGGAAGUCAUUACCAUUCUUGGCGAACUGGAUCUCGUGCUGGAGAAUCUUCCUGAAUGGGUUACUGCCACACCAGCCAAGAAGAACUUGCUGACCAUGCUGGACAAGGCCUAUGUCCAGCCGGAGCCCCUGGGAGUCGUACUCCUCAUCGGAGCUUGGAACUACCCCUUUGUUCUCACCAUUCAGCCUCUGAUCGGAGCCAUUGCCGCAGGAAAUGCUGUCAUUAUCAAGCCUUCUGAACUAAGUGAAAAAACAGCUCAGCUCUUGGCCAAACUCCUCCCACAGUAUUUGGACCAGGACUUGUAUGCCGUGAUUAACGGUGGCAUCCCAGAAACCACGGAGCUCCUGAAACAGCGGUUUGACCACAUCCUCUAUACGGGGAACACGGCCGUUGGGAAGAUUGUCAUGGAAGCCGCUGCCAAGCACUUGACCCCUGUGACACUUGAGCUGGGAGGCAAGAGCCCGUGUUACGUCGACACAGAUUGUGACCUGGACGUCGCCUGCCGGCGCAUAACUUGGGGGAAAUACAUGAAUUGUGGCCAAACCUGCAUUGCUCCUGACUAUGUCCUCUGUGAACCAUCUCUCCAGCAUCAAAUUGUGCAGAAGAUUAAGGAAACCGUGAAGGAAUUUUAUGGUGAAAAUAUAAAAGAAUCUCCCGAUUAUGAGAGGAUCAUCAACCUUCGUCAUUUUAAGAGGAUACUAAAUUUGCUGGAAGGACAGAAGAUCGCUUUCGGUGGGGAGACCGAUGAGGCCACACGCUACAUAGCCCCAACGAUCCUUACUGACGUCGAUCCUGAAGCCAGGGUGAUGCGAGAAGAAAUUUUCGGGCCCAUUCUUCCCAUCGUGCCCGUGAAGGAUGCCGACGAGGCCAUAAAGUUCAUCAACAGCCGUGAAAAGCCGCUGGCCUUCUACAUCUUUUCUCACAACGAUAAGCUCGUCAGACAGAUGAUCGAUGGCACGUCCAGUGGCGGUGUCACGGCCAACGACGUCAUCAUGCACUUCACCCUCAGCUCGCUGCCCUUCGGGGGGGUAGGUUCUAGCGGAAUGGGAGCUUACCACGGGAAGUACAGUUUCGAUACCUUCUCUCAUCAGCGGCCCUGUCUGCUGAAGAGUUUAAAGAGGGAAGGUGCUAACAAGCUCAGGUAUCCUCCCAACAGCCAGUCAAAGGUGGAUUGGACAAAAUUCUUCAUCCUGAAGCGCUUCAACAGAGGAAAACUCGGUCUGCUGUUGCUGGCUCUCCUGGGCGUUGUGGCAGCCGUGCUGCUCAAGAAACACAAGGCUGUGCUGAGGAGAAAGGCCCUGUUGAUUUUUCUCGCAGCUCAGACUGCAUUGUCCCAUAAGCAGUGACGGACCGCAGAUCCCAUGGCCCAGCUCUGUCUUUAAGAGUGAGGCUGGAUACUACUGAAGAAAGAUCCUGUUCAAACUCCUGGUUGCCUCUGCCGGAUUAUUCCUCUGUUAAACAAUUAAUGAACCAAUCAUUUUAAAAUCCUACCAAAAAUAGUAAGGAAGUAACGCAAAUGAACCAGAAUCAACCGUCAAAGUCAUUGUUGUGCCCCGUGGAUAAAACCUGCCAUCUCAGCCAAACCCCAGCCUUCCCCUCCGUGGAGGGGGGGACCCACUCUGAGAACGCAUUUUACAUGGGUCACCCAGACCUUAGAGCUUGAGUCUAGGGGAGGUGAACGUGUUAGCCUAAACCCUUGGGACAUGUAAAGGAAUCUCAGAACCUGAGAGUCUGAGUGACUUCUUCACUCCAGUUCUUGGGACACAAGACACCCUGCCCAGGGUUAUCCACAGCCCUCCACAUCCAGAGAGGUGAGGCUAGACCUUCCAGCUCUGCUUGAGGUUUGAGGCACUAGAAUUGUAUAUGGGGGCGGCGGGGCGGGUGGUCCCCAUCUCUCAUCCACUGGGACAUGAGGACUUGACCUUCAGGAGUCAGCCCUCCUGUCAGAUGGGCCACCUGACCAGUGGUCUUCCUCCUUUCUCAUCCAUUCUCCAUCCUCUCUCCUGUUUAUAUUGGGACAGUUUCUUGGGGCCGUCCACAAAUGCCUUCUGUGACUAAUACCACGUAGAACAUCACCUUGUACGCCCCAGGGCUUCUGGGAAGACAAAUUGCCAAUUUCUUGCACGUAUCAUCUGUCAUUCUUCCCAUGAAGGAGUUGUAGGAUUCUGCAUCUUCUAAAACCCUAACUGGCAUGUUUAAUGCUGUAAUAAGACUUCUAACAACACUUACUCUCUCUCAGGAUCUUAAAGUUUCAAGUCAGUGGAUCUUCAAGGACAAAUCUUUAAGUUUCUUAGGUCCAUAGCACAAUGCACAUAAAUUCCACUUUGCUAAACUUCAGAGAGAUCCCUGAGUUAAGUGCAGCCUUCAGGACCUAACACGGAAAGCCACUGCCUGCCAUGACCAAGAGGCCUUGGAUAAUCAGGACUUCGGAGUUGGAGAGCUUUGGAGGUGGCUGAUGGUGGAUUGUUUGGAGAAGGACUCUGUGAGCCAUGGCAGUUGGUCACGCUGAAGAGGACGGAGGGCACAGGAAGGGGAGCUCUCUUGAGAUGGCCGGGACUGGAGACCUGAGGAGGUUCAGCCCAGUGGGAAAGACCUCAGCCUCCCUGCCAGGCCUUGGGGACUCCUGGCUGCAGGGGCCCCACCCUCCCAGAGCAUGUGUCACCGGCUUGGUUGCACACGCUCAGACAGCAUGUGACCUUCAUGUCAGCAUGAGGUGUCAAGAACUCAUCACUAGGCUAGUCCAUCAGGAUAAUCUGUCAUAAAAUAUCUUAGAAUAUCCAUGUGGAAUUUUUCAUUUAGCCUACUAAAUUGUACUUUCUGAUUUCUAGUUCAACUAAAUUAUUGGCUUGUCUGUGGGUAUAUUCUGCUUCAAAAUAAAUAUAUUUACUAAAA